AUGUCGAACUAUUCCUACGAGUCCGUUUCGCCUCGCUCGCAGGCGUUCAACGAGUCGAUCUUCGCGAGCCCCAACUCGUUCUACACCGAGUCGGAACACUCCGUCUCGACUCACAGCUCGUACUCUGACGAUGAAGAGCCAGUGAUUCGCAUCAUCGCUCCCCAGGCCACGCGCCCUCUGCACGGCUCUCACAACAUCAACCAAGAGCACAACGCCCUCGGCUUCUCCGAUCUCGGCUACCUCAACGACGCCCUCAAGCUUGACCCCUACAGCCGCGCUGCCCAUGACGACACUGCGCUGGAUGAGCUCAUCGACCUCUACCAGACCAACCUCGCAGCGACCGUGCGAGGGCCUCUGCACCCGGCUGCUCGUGCCGCCAAGGUCGACUCGAUCGGCGAGGACGAUGAAGUCGAGGUCGUCGACGAGCAGCCCCGAUACACGCGUGCAGAGAAGGGCAAGUCGGUCGAGUCGGUCGAGUCUGAAGAGCGCUACUCCUCCUCGCCCCAGUCUUCCUCCGAGACCAGCAGCCUCUCUGGAGGUGCUUGCCCCCUCCCCUCUUCCGGCCUGACCCGCGACGACAUCGUCUUCCGCGUCUCCACCCUCACCAAGGACCCCCCUUCCCUCGCCGCGGCCCAGUCCACUCUUGCUCAGAAGUUCCCCUCGCUUGCUGAACCCCCGGCGCGCAUGUUUGGCGAGGAUGGCACUCCUCUUCCCCCCACCAAGAAGGAGGAAAUCUCCGCCGCCGAGCGAAAGGCACGACAGGAUGCGCUCAAGGUCGAGCUCAAGGGUAGCAAGGUCCAUUCGCUCGUCAAGGCCGUCAUCGUGCUCGAGAGCCGAUCCACCGUGUGGAAGAAGGUCUCUUCUCUUCCCAAGAGGAGCUCCGGCGCUACCCCGCUUCCUCUCCUCCCCGAACUGCCUAACCCUUGGGACCUCGAGAUCACCCACGAGGGUCUCGACAUCAGCACCAUCCAGACCAAGACGCGCAAGUUCCUCGAGCUCCCUCGCAGCAACACCUGUGGUGCAUGCCGCAAGUGCUCCGGCUCUGGCAACGAGACGUGCCGCACCUGCCGCGGUGAGGCGGGCAACGAGUGCUUCUGGUGCUCGGGCUCGGGCAUGCAGAAGGGUCGCCGCCGCUGUGGUCGAUGCCAGGGACAGGGCAAGCUUAGCUGCAUGACCUGCGAGGGCAAGAAGGCUUCCACCUGCCGCUCUUGCGACGGUGCUGGCUGUGGCGAGUACACGGCUUUCGUCGAGGUCAAGAUGCGCCGCAUUGAGGUGCCUGCCGUCUCGGUGGCAGACCUUCUCGGCUCGUCUCAGGCUGCUGCCGCCACUGCUCGCCCUGACAUCAUCAAGGCUGCCGCAGUCGACAUGCUUUGGGAGCUCGUCAAGAUGCUCGCCACCAAGGCCACUGUCAAGGCCAAGCGCCCUUACCUGCCCGUCUCGGCGGUGUGCACUUGGGAGAAGAGUGUCUCGUACCUCGCCCAGGUCACCGCGCUCCAGGCAGCCAAGUUCAAGGCCGGCUCCAAGCAGCCCUUCCGCCCCGAGGGUCUUACUCGAUCGGUGCCCACCAAGACGCGCUACUUCUCGCUCCCCACCGACCCUGCACUGUCGAUCGCCGAGCUCACGCUCGACCAAUUCGUCAAGCAGAACAUCCCCGAGAAGCACGUCGUCGAGGUCGGCCCUGCUACGGGCGUGCACAACGUCUCGCGCCGCCUCUCGUGCAUGCUCCUCGGCGAGGUCUCGGCUCCAUCGACACCACAGCUCUCGUCCACCUCGGGAUCGCCCAAGUCUUCUACCGACUACUUUGGCGAUGUCGCCGGUGCCGCCGGUGCGGUGGUCUCGGUGCCCGUCACCCCUGUUGGUGGAUCGCCAGUCUCGUCGCCUGUCAUCAGGCCCAGCAGCGUUCGUCCCAUGAGCCCCAUGCGCGCUCCCCCUGCUCAGUUCAACUCGGACGAGCUGAGGAUCAAGAUGCUCCGCCACUCGUCGAGCCUCUCGCGCUCCAACUUCUCGCGCCCGCUCACUGCCCCUGGCAUCCCCAUCUAA